CCCCCGUCCGGCUCCGCCUCCGCGCCGUGACGACAUGGCGGCCGGGCUGGCGCGAGCGGGGCGGCGGGCGAGAGCGGCGGGAUGGAGGCGGCCGCUGGGCCCUGAGGAGACGCUGGGGCUACUGGAGGCCUCUGUGGUGCACCGGGAAGGAGCCGUGCUGGCGCUGAGCAAACCCCACGGCCUGCCUGUGCUGGGGCGGCCCGGGGAGCUGAGCCUGGCCGUGCUGCUGCCGGCACUGCGGCGGCGCCUGGGGCUCCCGGCCGAGCUCCACGUGGUGAAGGCUCCGGCCAGGGAAUACUCCGGCCUCACCCUCCUGUCCAGCUGCCAUCGAGCCACCGAGGAGCUCCAGCAGUUCUUCACCGGUGCUCGCCAGCGAGGCCAGUACCCAGUCACGUACCGCGCCGUCACCGUCGGGGUCCCGGCAGAGCCAGAGGGCGAGAUCCGCACCGGGCUGCGCUGGCAGCAGCAGGGUGACACCGCUGUGGUGGUGCCGGUGCCGGCGCCGGGACGCGGGAGCCUGGCCAGGAAGGAGGUGAAGAACACCCUGACACGGUACCGGGUGCUGGGGGCCGCGGGGGGCUGCGCCCUGCUCCAGCUCCAGCCCAGGACGGCCUUCCCGGAGCAGCUCCAGGUUCACCUGACCCUGCUGCUGUGCCCGGCUCUGGGUGACCACCAGCACUCGUCCCGGGUGGGCAGGGUGCUGGGGGUGCCCUUCCUCCUGCCCCCCGAGCCCGCUGCACCCCGCACACAGGUGCUGGACGAGGCGCUGCUGCAGAGAUUGGGGCUCUCCCCGCAGCAGGUUCGGCACCUCCCAAUCCACAUCCACCUGCAGGAGCUGGUGCUGCCGCAGGGCCCGAUCCGUGCCCCACCACCACUCCCUUUCCUGCGCACGCUGCAACGCCUGGGGCUGCCUGGGCACCUGGAGCGGUAGCACCCAUGGGGGGACCCCCAACCCAGUGCCUUCUGCCGCCCUAUUAAAUCCCCAUCUCUCGCCGC